AUGGGAAACGAAGAAUCUGAAGCCAAACCGGUUGAAAUUAUCAAUGUGAAAACAGUUGAAAAAACAGCAAGAAGUGCAACAUCAGAUGUUCCUCCAAUCCCUGUUAUCAAUCCUUUAAUAGCUCGAUCAUUAAUUUCAGAAAAUUAUCCGAAAGAUCUAAAUAUCCCUCCUGGAAAACUACCUGCUGCACAAGCAGAAAUCAAAGAUUAUUUUAGUCAAUUAACAUAUCAUUUAAAUAAAAAUGAAGAAAUAAUUGCUAAGAAUAUUGCAAGGCAAAUGGAUCAAUACUCAAGUUUGAACGUUGCAUUAGAGAAAAGAAAAGAUACUUUAAAUGUUAAAUUAGAUGAAAUGUUAAAAACUUUCCAAUCUUUGGAUGAUGAUAUCAAAGAAGCUACGAAUUCAUUAUCAAAUUUCAUACAAAGAGCCGAUAAACUUGCUCAAAUUAUUGAUCCAUCUUUGCCUUCAUUCGAAGAAUAUAAGAAAAAUUAA